GGACCGGCAGGAUGGCCUCGCCCCUCAGGAGCAAGUCCUCUGCUCCGCGAAUGGAAAGCACCCGCCACAAGGAGACGUCGACUGUCCGCGUGGAGACGUCGUCCCAGCGGGAGGAAACGUCAUCUCAACGCGUGGACAUGUCCUCCCGGCAGGUUCGAAAGUCUUCGCGGCAGGUGGAGACCUCCCAGCGCCACCGAGAGAGCCCCGCCCUCUUUCCCUCCGAGAAGCGACUCCCCCGAUUCCUCGAGGUGUCCUCUCAGCACGUGGAAACCUCCUCGCAGUGCACGGAAAUGUCCUCCCGACACGUCAAGACGUCGUCAUCCCUGCGGGUGGAGACUACUGUGCGUCGCGUAGAGAGCCCAGCCCGACGGGACAAGCAAGCCACUCGCCAGAGUGCCAAAAUGGCUCGAUGAAGUGCUACCCAAAGGCCAUGGCCCAUACCCAGGACUGAAGAGUUGCCAAACAGCCAGCUUCCAGGAGAGCCGAGCGUCUUUGAUUUCAUGGAAAAAGCCCAUAAAUCAAUAUAAGAAACAGGCUGUGGUUUCCGGGCGCUGGCAACAUGUAUUGACAUUGCAGCACCUUAAACCAUCCUGCUAUUAACUUGAAGCCAACACAGAAAGGUUUCUGGGCUGUAUGAGCCCAGCCGAUGGACAAAGAGGCUCUCUGAGUCUCGGCACCAGUUAAGUAUAAUACUCUUAGGUUCCUCUAGAAUGUCAGGUAAGUUUUGUAGUUUUAGAUCCAUCUAGAAUGUCUUGACGAAUUGCAAUUUGCUGAGAGGGGCCAAACUUAUGAUUCUUGACAGCUGGCCUGAUUAUAUACCUGCUUGAAACCUACAUAAAAUAUUAAUUGGCUUUCAUUUAUAUUUCAUAGAAAGUUUUCUCAUGUUAAGUUUUUAUACACAGUGUUCCACCUACACUUUUAAAAAAAUAAGUCAGAGGGUGUUAGAAAAAUAAGGCAAGUCAAUUAAUAAAAAAGUAAUCUUGGAAGGGAAGUGAAGAGGAAGCCAUUGAUACCUGACCUGAGGGGAGAGGUUGGCAGAGGAUGGCUACUGAGUAGCUAAUGUGUACUAGGAACUAGUCAGAGCAUGUCAGCUAUAGCAGUGGAAAAGACUAAGAUCUUCUUCUAGUGAAAAGGCAGACAACAAAGGGGAAAGUAAGAUAAUGUUCUCUUGUGUUCCUGUGAAGGAAAAGGUAUCUUGUGGUAGGGAGUGGGGACUUCUUUAGAGAAUAUGGUCAGGGAAAGCCUUGCUGAUUUGAUCUGAGAUUUGUGUGGGCGAACAGUGAGCCAUACCAGGAUCUAAGGGGCAGUGCGUUCUACACAGAAGGAAAAGCCUUUGUAAAAAGUAGGUGGAAGCAAACUGAAAAUGUGUAUGGAACAGAAAGACCACUUAGUACAUGAGGGCAUGGUAUUAAAAAAAAAAGAGGAAGAUGCUAGUUCAUACAGAGUACUGGAAAUCACAGUAAAGCAUUUAUUAUUUUGAGAUCAUCAAAAACUGAUGCAAGGGAGUAAAGUGCAUGAUGCAGUUUACAUUUAAAAUCUAUCUUUCCAAGUUGGGAGUGAUUUUUGUCUCCUGGGUUAGAUGGCAGAGGCAUCAUGGAAGGUGCCACUGCUAGCCUCAAGUGCCUGGAAGCCAGGGAUGCUAACUUCUACGCUGCACAAGUCCGCACCCUACCCCUUCACCAACUCAGAAUCACUCCAUGUGCUGAGAAUGUCAGUAGUAGUGAAGCUGAGAACCACUGAAGGUUCUGGCAACUUUUCUAGAGCUUGGUCUACUGAGCAAACCCCUCAUUUCUGCAUAGCAGGAUUGUGGGAGGCCUAAAAAAUAGUCAUGGAAGUGUGGAGAUGGUAACUUCUGGUAAGUAUACCAUGUGCUCUCAGAGAAAGAAGUUGUGAUGCCCUGUAAGGAACCCUCUUCAAUAUUGUAUGUGAUAUUUACCCCUAGAACAGAAGGCUGCAAAUGAUCCUGAUUCAGCAGUAUUUCGAGCACUUCCAGGCGCUUAUUUAAUCCCAGCAAGUUCACUGGGCUAUCCCCAGAAUGAGGGCUCAGGUCAGAAAAAAAUGUUCUAUUAGAGAUGUUAUAACCACCACCCUGAGGCUACCCUAAUGCCUCUCUUUCUCAUAAAACUGCUAUUAACAAAGAAUUAGCAAUAACAAAGAAUUGUCAGUCUUUUCCAGCUUAUGCUUUUUAACAUGCCCAGUUGUGCCUUAAAUACAAGCUUUCUUAAUGGUUUUGAAAUAAAGCAGUUGCUUCACUUUAACAGUGUUCCUUAUUAAUCUUUUUUACUACAAAAGUGGUUUCUGUCCAAUGUAACAAAAUAAAUCAAAGCUUUAUAAAGAAACAUUUAAUACUGUAUUGUUUUUCCUUUCCAUUUCUUAGCCUAGAAAUUAUAUCAGAAUUCCUCACAGUCUUUUCAUCAUUAACAACUGCUUCUGUUUCCUAUUUUAGUAGUAUCUGGAAGACUGGCUGAAUGUGACUCUGGAAAAGCCAGACACCUGGCUCAGGAUCAUUGAUACUUCAGGAAGGGCACAGGAUCCUGGUAGAUUCUCUGUUGUCCUCCUCUCGUCUGGUAAAAGAGAUUUUUAUCUAGUUUUUUUUUUUUUUUUUUUUUUUUUCCUUCACAUUUCACUUGUGUUUCAGAGCUGGAAUGCAGAGAGAGAUACAUAGAGCAAGAAAGUGUCAAAAAAAUAAAAGAUGUAAUGAAAUGAGUACUUCCAUAAUACUAUAUUUCACAUUCCACAGCUUGAAAAUGACAGUGUUGAUGAAGGUAAUUGUUAAUGUACCUGUUACAUGUGUGUUAAUGUUAGCCACUCUGUGUGUCUUCCUCACAUUGUUCUCUGUAGGAAGUAGUGCUGCUGUACUUGGCAUAUGUUAUACAAUGUUAAAGUCAAUAUGUGUAACAAUAGUGAAUGAAGAGCAAUAGUCUCCCUUUGUAGUCAAAAAAGCCUUUUAAUGGCACAAUCUAAUAAUUGGGUUUAUUAUACUAGGUAAUAGUUGUGUCUUGCCUUCAGUUGUACCAGCUAGGUUAGUUUGAAAAACUAAAUAAAUGCAAAUUCUU